AUAAGCAGGUGGGCAUCCUUUUUGACCAGGGUCCGAAGAAUUGAGCUCUACCAUUGUCCCUGAUGAGCCCCAGGCCUAGCUGGUGACAAAUCCAUACAUGCCGGAUUUCCAUCAAGGCCGGCUCUCCCCCAAGCUUACUGGGAUGAAGAAAUAGCUACGGAUUCCCUUGGGAUUCACCCUCAAGAGAGCAGUGCACAUAGUUUGAAACAGAACCUAAUGGACAGGUGUGCAUCUUAGGGAAGCAGCUACCAGGGGACAAGAAGCUGUCACCAGCCCCCAAGGGAGUCCUGGCAGCAUGGACAACGACGAUGAUAAUGAGCCUCUUGAGUCCGAGACCAAAGAGCACAGAGCCACAGACUGGUCUGCUCACAGUUGCAUCCUUCCUGAUUCCUGAGCUGCUGCUGCUGCUGCUGCUGCUGCUGCUGCUGCUGUUACUCAGAUUACAUGUUACAUGAAAGCUCGUCACAGAGGCUUGGGAAUAUUGGGACCUGACUCUGUGAGCAAAAACUAAGACAUACACCUACUUGGGGUCAUUAAGGAGUCCACCUUCUAGAAUCUGAAUUGCGAAGAUGAGACUGAAGCUGCAUUGGCACCUCAGAACAGUGAUGACACCCUCUACUGUGAAGCUGAAGCCCUUCCAAGUGUUGAGAAAGAGAAAGCUAACCGGGAGGAUUCCGAAACUGACCUGGAAAUUGAAGACACAGAGAAAUUCUUCAACAUCGGACAGAAGGAGCUGUACCUGGAGGCCUGCAAACUGGUGGGUGUGGUGCCCGCCUCCUACUUCAUCCGGAACAUGGAAGAGUCCUGCGUGAACCUCAACCACCAUGGUCUGGGCCCCCUGGGUACCAAAGCCAUUGCUAUAACUCUGGUGUCCAACACCACAGUUCUCAAACUGGAGCUGGAAGACAACUGCAUCCAGCAGGAAGGCAUCCUAAGUCUAAUGGAGAUGCUGCAUGAGAACUACUACCUACAGGAGCUGGUAGGGCGCCCUCCUCCUCCAGCUCCUCCUGGCACACCUGGGGACUCAGAACCACUCAAGCCAAGCCAGAAACCCAACCCCCCACCCCACGCCCAGAACGUGUCAAACAAUGGCCUUGGUUUGGAAGGAGCCAGGAUCAUCUCGGACUUCCUCCAGGAGAAUAACUCUUCGCUAUGGAAACUAAAACUUUCAGGAAACAAGUUCAAGGAAGAAUGUGCUUUACUUUUAUGCCAAGCCCUGUCGUCCAAUUACAGAAUCAGGUCACUGAACCUCAGCCACAACGAAUUCUCUGAUACUGGAGGGGAGUACCUGGGACAGAUGCUGGCCCUUAAUGUAGGGCUCCAGUCAUUGAACCUGAGCUGGAAUCAUUUCAACAUUCGGGGAGCUGUGGCCCUGUGCAAUGGUCUCCGGUCUAACGUGACCCUGAAGAAACUGGACGUGUCCAUGAACGGCUUUGGGAAUGAUGGAGCUCUGGCUCUGGGGGACGCCCUCAGACUCAACAGCUGUCUGGUCUACGUUGAUGUCAGUAGUAAUGGCAUCACCAAUGAGGGGGCCUCCAGAAUCAGCAAGGGCCUGGAAAACAACGAGUGUCUCCAAGUGCUGAAGCUUUUCCUGAACCCUAUAAGCUUGGAGGGGGCGUAUUCUCUUAUCAUGGCCAUCAAGAGGAACCCAAAAUCCAGGAUGGAAGACCUUGACAUUUCUAAUGUUCUGGUAUCAGAUCAGUUCGUCAAAGUCCUGGAUGGGGUCUGUGCCAUUCACCCCCAGCUGGAUGUGUUAUACAAGGGAUUGCAGGGUCUCUCCUCCAAGAAAACCAUUGCCCUGGGGACCAGCCCCAUGAAGCUGAUCCAGAACUACGCAGACCAAAAGAAGAUCUCCGUAGCCGAGUUCUUCAAGGGCUUGAAUCCUUCAGGAUUAAUGACAAUGCCUGUGGGGGACUUCCGGAAAGCCAUGAUCCAGCAAAGCUACAUCCCCAUCAACCGGUACCAGGUGAGGGAGCUGAUAAAGAAACUGGAUGAGAAGAAGGGUAUGGUGAACUUCAGUUCACUCACAUAGGAAGACUUGAGCAAGACACUGGGACCGAUGCGUGAGGAACUCCAGUCCACAUGACAAAGGGACAAUGCUCAGAACUCCAAGUUUCUUAAAAGCCCAGAAGUCACAACAGCUGGUCAGGUCUGAAGAGAAGUAAGUGCCAGACAAAGAAGUUCUGGCAAGUUGUGUGGCUAUGAGGAGACCAAAGGCCAGAUGGAGAGAUGCCAUGACCAGAACUAAGUGUGAGCAAAUAAAAUCUGGCUUGAUUCUGGG